AUGUCUUUCGGAUCUUCGCAGGGCGGCCGGCAAGGCGCCCCGCCCGGUCCAGCUGGUCCGUCUCAACCUGUGUCGGGCUCCGCUCAAGCCUUGGUGCCUCAGAGUGGCCAGGCCGGCUACUCGACACCUUUGGGGUAUGACCCUGCUCGGACCUCGACCGAGGACAAGGGAAACACCCGCCUUGACUUGCCCCUCGAGGCUUAUAUUACUGCCGAACGUCUGCGAAAUGCCGGUAUCCAAGCAUUCGCCAGACGACCAAAGACCACGCCUAUCGGAAAGCCAGUUGACUUAGAAGUCAACCAAUUUCGGGUCAAUUCGUGGAAUGACCAGGCGAGGGCUUAUCAAUUCGAUGUAAGCAUCACCCCAGCGCCCUUGAAGCUGGGGCCCGUCUUCAAGAAAUGCUGGAAUCAUCCAGAUGUGAAGGCUGCACUCGCCAAGUACAAUACUCUCUGGCUUUAUGAUGGCAAGAAGCUUGCUUGGUCUUCGUGUCCCAUUCAACGUGGCGAGGAGCGUAUCCGUGUCGACCUCGACAAGGACCUCCCUCCUCGAGCGGAUGGCAAGCCACGUCGUACGGAUAACGAAUUCUAUUUCGUCAUCCGCCAGACGGCUGAGAUCAAUCUUGCCGUCCUUGAAGCCUACCUCAAGGGCCAGUGCGAUUGGAACAGCAAGGUUCUUGAAUGCAUGAAUUUUCUCGACCACCUUGUCCGUCAGUGGCCGUCGGAGAACUUGGUCUCCAUCAAGCGGAGUUUUUAUCCCACCCAGUCCGGUCAGCAGGUCGUCCGCGAACUUAGCUCUUGCGUCUGGUUGAUCAAGGGUGUCUAUGCCUCGGUUCGUAUGAACCAAUCGGUGGUGAAAGGUAUUGGCCGCGGCCUUGGUCUCAAUGUCGACGUCGCCAACACGGCUUUCUGGGCAAGCAACAAACCCAUGCCUGACCUGAUCAGGGAAUAUCUGGCUAUGGUCGAUCCCAAGCUGCGAGGCAAAAGCAUGGAUGAUCUCGUCUCGGAGCUGAGGCCUGUUCCCGUGAAGGUCAAGGACGGAAGAGUGCUUCACUCCAUGUCACAUGCUUUCAAGCUACUGCGACGGUUAUCGAAGCUUCAGUUCACAGUCCGGCAUCGUGCCAAGGAACAGAACGAGCGUCAGUACCGCAUUUUGACCUUCGAGUUCGCUGAGAAGUACCGAGAAGAAGGUGCCACGGCCAGAAAUGUCAUGAUUCCCAACCGCGAUGGCAAUGGUACUAUCAGCAUUCUGGAAUACUUCAAGAAACAGUACGGCUACAACAUCAAAUGUCCCGACUUCCCUCUAAUCCUGACAUCUAAAGCGGGCCUGUUCCCCAUCGACGUCUGUAACGUCUCUCCCAUGCAGCGAUUUCCUUUCAAGCUGGGUCCCGAUGAAACAAGGAAGAUGAUUGAGCACACCGCGACGCUUCCCAACCAGCGUCGUCAGGAUAUCAUGACUGGGAAGAGAAUGCUCAAUUGGCCUGAGGAUCCGUUUCUUCGUCAGUAUGGGAUCAAGUUCGACGAGAACAUGGCCAAGACCACUGGCCGGCUUCUCGACCCCCCCGUAGUCCAGUUCGCCAACGGUCAGGCAGAUCCUAAGUUCGAAGGUCGCUGGGACUUGAGGGGGAAGAAGUUCCUCGAGCCUAACGCCAUCGCCUUGUCGUCGUGGGGCUUCAUGAUUCUUGAGCGGUCGGCCACCCCUGAGCACACCCGACAAUUCGCGAUGGGUUUCAAGAAGAAAUAUAUGGAGCACGGUGGCAAAAUCACUUCUGAUCCCAUCAUCAUAACCUCCCAAGGCCACGAGCCGAACGUCGCGGAGGCGGUGAAGAACGGAAUCAACGAGAUCCGGCGUCAAACCAACCAGGCGGUGCAGAUAUUGUUCUGUAUCCUCAAGUGGUCCAAUUCGGGCAACUACGAACGUCUGAAGAAGUCGGCAGACUGCCGCUUUGGAGUUCUGACCCAGGUGAUCUUGUCCAAGCACGUUCCCAUGAACAAGGACCAAUACCACUCCAACGUCGCGAUGAAGGUGAAUGCUAAGCUCGGCGGCACGACGAGUUUCGUCCCGAAGAUAAACAGGGCCAAGCCCAAGGAUCCCUCACCUCCCUUCUUUAGCGUCCCGACCAUGAUCAUUGGCGUCGACGUCACCCACGGGACCCCUGGAGUGCCCAAUGUUCCAUCGAUGGCCGCCAUGACCAUGUCCAUGGACAAAUACGCCUGUCGCUAUGCUGCUGCCGUCCAGACCAACGGUUUUCGGGUGGAACUCCUGGCUCCCACGACCACCCAGGAGUUUCUUGGGAAAUUGCUCCCCAUGUGGCAGAAGAAGGCGAACAUGGCUGCACCUCACCACAUCAUUUACUUCCGCGACGGCGUCUCCGAGGGUCAGUUCGCCCAGGUUCUCGAGACAGAGAUCGCUGUGAUCAAGGACUGGUUCCGAACGGAGCUAAAAAAAUUCAAUGCCCCGAUGCCCAAAUUCACGGUCAUCGUUGCCACCAAGCGGCAUCACAUUAGAUUCUUCCCCCGGCAGGGUCAGGGUGACCGGAAUGGGAAUCCCAGGCCCGGCACACUCCUGGAGACGGAGGUGUGCCACCCAUUUUAUUGGGAUUUUUAUUUGUGUGCGCAUAGUGCCAUCAAGGGCACGUCCCGGCCGGUACACUAUACGGUCCUGCUGGAUGAGUCGGGCAUGAACCCGGCCACACUACAAAUGAUGAUUUACCAACACUCAUAUCAGUACAUGCGCAGCACGACGCCUGUCUCCUUGCACCCCGCAAUUUAUUAUGCGGACCUGGCCUGCGGACGCGCACGUACUCACGAGACGAUCGCUACGAGUGAGGGAUAUCGUUCGGGACCCAAGGCUGCCGAAGUGGCUAUUGACGUGGCGGCAUUUGAGGCGUCUCUGAGCAAUGCCAAAAUUGGCACGGACUCGCUUCCACUGUUGCCCAUGGGUGGAGAAGAAGCGCUGGAAAUCAACAAAAAAUUCUUUCCCACCACGAUGUGGUACAUCUGA